CCUUCAGACUCUGAUAAUUGAUAACAUAUUUUUUUGUGUUCGGUCUCAGCGCGACAAAUGUCCCGUAGACAUUGGGCCCAUGCUGCCUAAAAAUCCAAUAGCAACUCGUGUUCAUUUUCGUCUGUUGCACCUCAUAAUCACUUCAGGCUUCCUGUCACUGAAAUCUGCCUUCUUUCUCAUGAUUCUUGAGGAGGACAAGUUUCUCAUCCACUGUGUAAAUCCACAUGAAUAUGGAUAAGCACGAGACAGUCUCCCACCGGAAUAAAACCAAGAAAUGUUAGUGGGGUUGUAAAGGGCAGCCUGGCUGGGAAUGGACACACGAGACAGCCCACUUGCACCGAACACAAGGUCCCUCCAGCGAGUUAUACACGCUCCGCUAGAGCCCACUGCGCGUCUUGUCCCCGCCCUCCGACGAAGCACAGCAUCCGUCCUCAUCCACGCCGCGUGAUGCCCCUCACAUCCACGCAGAGCAACCCAUGGAAUAGUAGUAGCCGGGGUAGUAGGAGUACGGGAGUGCUCUUCACACCUUCCUCUUCUUUCAUGGAUUCGCCGUUUUUCGGGAAUAUUGCUCCAACCCAUCGCGGGUGAGGUGUUGUGAAUCCUGAGAGGAGAGGGCUCCUGAGGGGGAGACAAGAUGGCAUCCAACCACAUCCUACGAAGCUACUCCAUCAUUCCGUGUUUCAUCUUUGUAGAGCUUGUUAUCAUGUCUGGCACGGUGUUGCUGGCCUACUACAUGGAGUGCACAGAUCUUUUCAGCGUGCACGUGCAAGGCUUCUUCUGCAACGACGCCGAAUUAAUGAAGCCGUACCCCGGGACGGAGGAGGCUAGCUUUGUACCCCCACUCAUCUUGUACUGCGUGGUGGCCGCCGCUCCAACCGCUAUUAUUUUCGUUGGGGAGGUGUCCAUGUACGCCAUGAAAUCCACACGGGAAUCUCUCUUGGCCCAGGAGAAGACCAUCGUAACUGGCGACUGUUGUUACCUCAACCCUCUUGUUCGCCGUGUCAUACGCUUCAUCGGUGUGUUUGCGUUUGGCCUGUUUGCCACAGACAUUUUCGUCAAUGCGGGCCAGGUGGUCACGGGUGGUCUCUCGCCCUACUUUCUGUCUGUGUGCAAGCCGAACUACACUGGCACCGAGUGCCGUUUGAACCACCAGUUUAUCACAAACAGCAACAUCUGUACCGGCAACCCCAUCAUUGUCGGGAACGCCCGCCGCUCUUUUCCAUCCAAAGACGCCUCCCUGAGCGUUUACUCUGCUGUUUACCUGACGAUGUACAUCACCAGUACGAUCAAGACCAAAUCCAGUCGCUUGGCCAAGCCUGUACUUUGUCUGGGCACUCUCUGUUCAGCCUUCCUCACCGGACUCAACCGGGUUUCAGAGUACCGAAACCACUGUUCAGACGUGGUGGCUGGAUUCAUACUGGGAUCAGCGGUUGCACUUUUUCUGGGUGUGUGCGUGGUGAACAACUUCAAAGGCGUCCACGGUGCCACGAGCAAACAGAAGAGCGAGGAUUACCGCGGCCUCCCCCUGAUGACUUUCCCUCGCGUCGAGAGUCCUCUGGAGACCCUCAGUGCACAGAACCACUCGGCAUCAAUGACGGAGGUCACAUGACUAAGGGGGCAGCACCGGGUCACGUUUGCGUCUCCGCAGCACUUCCAGACACAAUGACAAGGACGCAUGUCACGUGGCUUCGAUUGCUUACCAAAAUCAAACCCUGAUCUAUCUGUCUAGUUCACCCCCCCGGCGGGACGAAAUCCACCAUGUUUUGUGAUGGGCAUCCGUGUUACAAAACAAACGCAAGCACAGAUUGUUUUUCUUCAUAACAACUCAUUGGGGCAUUUAUGUUCCUCCGAGGUGUUCUGUUUUUCGUUGGAGGAUGGUGUUUUUGCACAUUUUGUAUGAGCGAUUGUUGUUUUCCCGAGCCUGACAGCGUUCAGCCUGCACACCUCUGUGUUGCAUCACAUCCUGUCAGGUGACUUCCCUACGUUCACCACGUCCCCGUCCAGUCCUGUCCCCAUCAGUCUGAAAAUGUGCUAUGGAACACGAGCAAUGUCGAUGUUGUCAUUCUGUGGUGUUUGUCAUUUGUACAGAAAAAAAAAA